AUGUAUAUCUUUUUAAACAUGUUUACCAUUGAAGCGAAUCGGAAACCUUGCGAUUUUGACAAACUUGGACAAAUCACAUUUAGAAGCCCAACUGAAAGAAAAGCAACGGUAGACCAAACGACCAAACGACCGGAAAAGCGGAUAACAGCAAUGGUAGACUCAAUCAGCCGUAUUGCAUCUGCAUUGGACACAGCCAAAGUGAUAACGAGGGAAGCUGCGGCGGUGGCCACGUCCAAACUGGGGGAAUCCUCGUACACUUAUUAUUCUCAGAAUAUCAAUCCUCAGCAAUUGGUCACUAUGUUAAAUUCUAGAAACUCCAGAGAGGUUAGAGAUGCCAUGAAAAGGAUCGUAUCCAUAAUGGCUUCGGACGACAACUCUAUCGAUGUCGAAUUAUACUUUGCUGAUGUGGUGAAGAAUAUUACCACUAACGAUACCAAAGUGAAAAGACUCAUUCAUCUGUACCUGCUUCGAUAUGCUGAAAAUGACCCAAAUUUGACGCUUCUGUCUAUCAAUUCUCUUCAAAAAUCAUUGUCUGAUUCAAGUCCUGAACUAAGAUGUUUUGCCAUAAGGGCCCUCUCUGAUAUGAAAAUGUCAUCACUAGCACCCAUAAUCCUUCAUACUAUCAAGAAGCUAGUUACAGAUCCAUCAGCAAUGGUUCGUGGUGAGGUCGCUUUGGCUAUUGUUAAACUAUACAGAACUGGGAAAAGCGAGUUUCAUGAAGAACUACUAGACGUUUUAAAGGAUUUAAUGGCAGAUACAGAUCCUAAAGUGAUAUCUUGUGCCGUCCUCACUUUGAAAGAAUGUUAUGAUGAUCACUUAGAGCUACUACACGGACAUUUCCGUAGGUAUUGUAAAGCGAUUAAGCAGUUUGAUUCAUGGUCUCAAUCGUAUUUGAUUGAAAUAUUAAUCAAAUACUGUAAACAGUUUUUGCCAAAACCCACUGUCGUGGAUAAGUCAUCAGAAGGCUCUCCAAGGACCUGUCCAUUACCAGAAAAAUACAAUGAAAUUGAAUACCCUCUUUACGAUGUGGUAAACCACCCUGAUCUGGAUUUAUUUCUACAGAGUUUAAAUCGUCUGAUUUACAGUUCCAAUCCUGCUGUAAUUUUAUCGUGUUGUAAUGCCUUAUACCAGUUGGCCUCACCGAUGCAAAUGAAAAAUACGAAAUUCAUUGAAUCCUUGAUUAAAACGUUGACUACAACCACAAAUCAAGGCAACAAAGAGAUGCUAUUGCAAACAGUUCAUUUUUUAUCCGUUUUAGACCAAACUUUAUUUUUACCUUCCAUCAGUAAAUUUUAUAUUUUUCCCAAAGACCCGAUUGUUGUAUCUGUUUGGAAGAUUCAAAUUUUGUCUACGUUAAUCAACGAAUCAAAUGUUAAGGAAAUAUUCAAAGAAUUAAAAUAUUACGUGGCCAAUGCUCAUCUUCCAGAGAAAGUAGUCAUUAUGGCGGUUAAAAGCCUGUCUAAAUGUGGCCAAUUGUCUACGGGUUGGGAAUCAAGCGUGAUGAAAUGGUUGAUCGAUCAUAUGGAAUCACACAAGCUGUCUGUUUCUAUCUUAGAUGCAUACGUAAAUGUCAUCAGAACGUUGGUACAAAAUAAUCCCACGAAACACCUGCGUAUAAUUUUCAAACUUGCUGAUUUAUUAACAGUACAAAUGAACCUAGCCGAUAAUGCACGUGCAGGUAUUGUUUGGCUAUUUGGUGAAAUUGCCUCGAUUGAAUUCAAGAUAUGUCCAGACGUGUUGAGAAAAUUGAUUCCAAAUUUUUCACAAGAAGGCCCUGAAACAAGAUGCCAAAUCUUAGUGCUAUCAGCAAAACUGUUGUCAUAUGACAUUGACAAUUUUAAUCAAGCGCAAACGACUAGAGUUGAGGACUCCGAAACGGAAGAAAAUGGCCAAAAUAAUACUUAUUACGACUUUAGCAGUUCUCGAAUCUCUCAAAUGUACAAUGCGGUCCUCUAUCUGGCGAAAUAUGAUGAUGAUUUUGAUAUUAGGGAUAGAGCAAGAAUGAUUUCAUCAUUAUUUGAUUCAGGAAAAUAUGAAAUUGUUUCUUUAUUAUUACAAGCACCUAAACCUGCAGCGAGAAAUGAUGAUUUUAUCAACUCUCUCAGACUGGAAACGCAUGAUUCAAAAAUUAAAGAGUUUUUCAAAAUGCUUCCUUGGAAUACAGACAUUAUUGAAACAGACAAUGAUGUCAGAGAAACGGCUGUAUUGAAAGAUUAUAACAAAUACAAAAAGAGCUUUUCAUCUCAAUCUUUCAUAAGCCCUAAUUCCACAAGGUCAUUUACAUCUACUUCCAAUACAAAUCUGACAGAAAAUAAUGAGAUCAGCAAUAAUGGCAAUAGCAUCUCAGGUAAAAGCAACAAUAGCACCUUUGCCUCUCAAAAUGGAAAAAAAUAUCGUUUACAAAGCUUGGAUGAAUUUUUCUCUGACAUCCCAGAGAGGAAAAGCAAGCCCGAGAGGGUUCUGAGAGUAAGAGAAGAAAGCAGUGACGAAGACGAAUCGGAAUCGGAAUCGGAUGACGAUAGUUACUCCUCCUCGUCUUUGGAAACAUCUUCUUCACUUUCGGAAGCUUAA